AACUGACACGUGGAUCAUCAUCAUCAACACUUCAGGAGCAGAGAAACACAGCUAAUUCUUCUCAGCUGCAAACACCGCAAGUUCACUCGUUUAUGACGAAUGCACGAGCUCAAUGAAUGCUGCAUUGGAGAUAUAAGGAAAUGCUUCUGCGAGAAAUAGGGAUCAAAACACAUUUUUGGGAUUACUCUGCCUUUUUGCCUGUCACGGACGCACUGACUGACCCGAGAGGAUAUUAGAGAAGAUAGUCACAAACAAAUAUAUUUGUCGUUGAAUGGCAAUUCUACAAAAACAUGGCAAGAACUCCUGUCCAGAUUUGGCCAGUGUUAAGGAGAACCCAGCGGAACAUUUCGGACAAGCUGGAUCACAGAAGAAGUGGACGGAGUCGAGUCAGUACUGGACAAGGCCAGUAGCGAGGAUUUGGACCGUGGUGCUUUUGCUGGGGACAUGCCUGCUGUACUGCGCCCGUGUGGCGAUGCCUAUCUGUGCUGUGACCAUGGCAGAGAAGUUCAGCUGGUCGAAGAGAGAGACAGGCUUGGUGUUGGGAAGCUUCUUCUGGGGCUACUGCUUCACUCAGGUCCUUGGAGGCUACGUCAGUGACAGGGUGGGAGGAGAGAAAGUGAUGCUGUUGUCAGCAGCAGCUUGGGGUGCAAUGGCAGCUUUCACGCCAAUCUUGGCCCAUUUCUGCUCCCAGCCCAUCAUCUCCAUGACAAUCUCCCGCUUCCUAAUGGGCCUGCUGCAGGGUGUUCACUAUCCAUCUUUGGCCAGUCUGUGCUCUCAGAAGGUUGUGGAGAGUGAGAGGGGCUUCCUCAUGAGCACAGUGGGAAGUGGCUCAUACCUGGGGACUUUGGUGAUAGGAGGUAUAGGUUCUCUCAUGCUGGAUUUGUAUGGCUGGGAGAGUGUGUUCUACAUCUCAGGGCUUCUGUCUAUGCUGUGGGCAUACUUCAUGUGGAAGUAUCUGCUGAAAGGAGAGGAUCCCAUCAUCACGCUGGAGUCUCUGGGGAGUGCUGGGACCCAGUCCAAACUGUCCAAGAGAAACUGGCUGCGUCUCUUCAGACAGCCAGCUGUGUGCGCUGUCAUUAUUACACACUUGUGCACUGCUAGCACAUUCUUCACACUGCUGUCAUGGCUGCCAACGUUUUUCAAGGACACCUUCCCUGAUGCAAAGGGUUGGGUGUUUAAUGUGAUCCCAUGGUUUGUGGCCAUCCCUUCUUCCCUGUUUAGUGGCUGUCUCUCUGACCAUCUAAUCAGUCAGGGUUUUGAUACUGCAUCUGUGAGAAAACUCAUGCAGUUCUUCUCUAUGGGUGUGUCCAGUGUGUUUACUCUGUUUCUGUGUGGGACCACUACUUUCCCUGCAGCUGUGGCUUUCGUGUCCGCUAUUAUGGGCCUCACCACAUUCAGCCACUGUGGGGUUUCGGUGAACGUUCAAGAUCUUGCUCCAUCAUGUGCGGGGGCUCUGUUUGGGGUAAUGAAUACCUGUGGAGCAUUUACAGGAGUCAUCAUGGUGUAUUUCUCGGGGUAUCUGAUCGAGGCCACUGGUUCCUGGGCUUCAGUUUUCGGCAUCAUCACUGUAGUCAACCUGCUUGGUUUAGGAACAUUUUUAGCCUUCGCAGAAGCUCGCAGAGUGGACAUCGAUAUAGCAAAGGGCCAUUAUCACAACAUCCACAUUUGAGACCAGAGAAUACCGGAGCAGAGGAAAACCACGAGUCCUCGGACGAGCUCCAUCGUAUGGAUAUUGCAUAUUGUGUGCAUCGGGGAUGGAAAGGGGAGGUUAAUACCUUAAGAUUAUCUGUUUGAUCUUAGUUUUCCUUUGCUUGGUUGGUUAUGCAGAUGGGAAUAUAUGAGAGAAUUUAAACAACUAAAUCAGAUUAUCUGUCUCUCUCGCUCUCGUGUGUGUGAGCAUAGUAUCUGAAGAGCCCAGGAGUUUCUCUAGGGGCCUAGGCAGUUUUGAAGAGUGUUAUUGAAUAUUCUGUUAAGGUCCUUUCAUUCUUUUCAGUCUCUACUUUAACUUGUAGCAGUAGUUCUUGUUAAUUGCUUCAUUAUCAUAGCACUGUGACCAAAGCAGUUAGCCCUGUGUCUGUCCUCAGUAUCUGCAUCUCCAUUUAUCAUCUUACCGUCCACCUCCAUCAAUCAAAUGAAGACCAAAGGCUAGCGAUUUGAGAUUAUGGGUGUUGAAAGGGAUUAUUAAUUUGACGUUUUAUGACAUUUAUAACUACUGCAUGACAUUUGAAAAUACCUCAGUCUUAUACAUUGUAAAAUAUGUAAUCAUUUCUGUUGGUGUCAGACAUCUCUGUUGUGUUUUUUUUUUUUUUUUUUUCAAUAGUGUAAAAAACUUUCAAAAAAGAUAGUGUAAUGUGUUUGUUACAGCAAAGGGGGAACAAGUGGAGGUUUGUGUGGGUUUUGAAGAAAGUUACUGUCGUUAGUGCUAUUUUGUGCAGACAAUCAAUUGUUUACAAUGUUGGACAGUUUAUCUAGCUGUUGAGAGUAGUUUCUGAUUUUUAAAGGAUGUUUUUGUACAUCUUUGUCUUUUGAAACAAACUGUUAUUGUUUCCUUUUGUCUUUUAUUGAUUUGUCAUUAGGGACCUUUUAUCAGUGGGCCAUUGGUGUGGACCAAGACGUUGCACAAUGAAAGAGUAAAAUGAAUGUAUUAUGGUGAAUUAUGCUUUAUUGUGUAGAAAAAAAGAGUUACAUUUGAAUGGGAGUGAUUUGACCAAAUAAUACUCACUUGGACUGACGUCAUAGGAGUUUAAUAUUUAGCCUACAAGUGUAUUUUGUAUCGUAAUCAAAGACUAAAGCAUAUUUUGUAGCUGAAGACUAUUGAAAGGGUCACAAAAGUGUUGAUACGAGUUGUUUAUGCAAAAGAUCGCUGCUGUAAAUCUCUGAAUUCCUUUUACUCUUUUAAAGGAACUGAAGUAGUUUGAACUAUAAAAGCCACUUAAUGGCACAAGAUAAAUGUAAGUUGAAUUAUUUUUUUUUAUUUAAUUUGAAAAUAAUUUUGCUACCAUGAAUGGGGUAGGUCAACAGUCACAACUGAUAACCUUGCAGUAAAAGUAUAAUCAAUGUGUCGAGCUGCUGCCAUUGUUUUAAGGUGUCAAAUAGGUUAUUACUGUUUUGUUAUAUGAAAGAUGAGAAGAAAAACCCAAUGCAUAGAAUUUCCUUCAUCGGCCCUAGCUGUGCUUAAAUGUUCUUUUCUCUUAAUAUGUAUUGAAACAUGUGAAAACAUUUCUAUUACUGCAGGCCUAUUGCUAGGGAAGGUCAAUUGAUGGUUUUGCAAAAAAGCAGUUAAAGCUUGAAGAAUUAAUAAUAUAUCAAUGUUCUCUGCAAGGGACUCAAGGAAAUUGUAUCUUUUCCAGUACAUAAAUGCAUAAGAAGUACGUGAAUUAAAUCUUUACUUAACAUAGUUUAGAUGUCACUGUGUGUAAUAUAUAAAUGUAUACAUGUAGACCAUUUCAAAGUAGUUUAAUAUUUAUUAAUUUAUAUGAUUUAGAGGUUGUGUUGGAAAUGCGUCAUGGUCAUUACUUUCCUAAUUUUUAGAUAUGUUGCCAUUUUUCUGCUUUUCUUGUCAUACGUGCUCUUUCCUUGGCUGAUUAUCAUCUCCCAUAUAUUAUGUUCUGUUUAAUGUAAACAUUUAAUGCUGUUUAAUUUAACCUUUAAUGUGUAACUUUUCAUUUCAUGUUCCUUAUCAGACUGUUCUACAUACUGUAACUGGAUUAUGAGGGUUUUGACCAGCAUCACAGCUUUAUAGUGUAGUAAAGAAGAAUUGUUGAAUAUUUAUUACACUUAAAUCAUAACUUCUCUUUAAGUAUAACACUCAUCUAGGAAAUAUAAUAGAAAAUCUGAAUUAAUGUCACAGCAUGCCUUCCUGAACUUAUGUUGUUUUACUGAAUAUUGUUCUCUUACUUUACAGACUAAAUUUUCACUUGAAAAAAGAAAUGUAAAACAAUGUAAUGGCAAUGCAAUAUUCUCCUGUAUUUAUAAGCAUAUUUUUCUGAAAUAU